AUGUCAAUCGGAAUGAUCCGGCUCCUCGUUCGAUCUCCGGAAAACUUCGGGUGUCUACAGCCCGAAGGAGAAGGAUGCCGACCAGAUCUGAGCUCAGACGACGUGAGAUCGGGGAACGAAAGGCUCGGGGAAGACCUGAGAACAGGAGAUCAAGAGGAUCCGCCUCCUUGUUCGACCUCUGGCAAGGUUCCGGCGACUUCCUCCUCAGGCGGUGAAGACGAUUACAAGCCCCAUCGACGUCGAGUUGUUUGUGAGGAACAGAGAGAGGAAAAGGGAUCGAGAGCGUCGCCAAGAAAGUGUCCCGAGCAAGAGAAAGGAAGCCUGCGAAGCCGCCACCACCUAUUUGUUUCCUCAGCUCUCGGCGGCGGCGGUCGCCCCACUCCAGCCGCCCGCGCCUACUUCCGGUGGGAAUCUGCCAUGCGCAUCCGUAAAUGCGCCGCCCGGCUUCUGGGCACCGUCUCCACCUCCUUCUCCUCCUCCCCUAGUCCGCUGCCGCGGCCGCCGUCGCAGCAGUCGUUGGAAUCGAAUGUUGCCUUCUCGCCCGACGCCACCGUCGCGAUUCUGUGCGAGCUGAACCGGUCCCCCUGGGACGACCUGAUGUGCCUCGACCUCAUACCGGCUUUCGAUCAGGAGGAGGAAGAAGACGGCGAGGGCAUUAUGGGGAAUGCAGUGAGAGCGGAAGCGGGAGAGGACAAGGGCAUUACCGGAAAUCGCUUCAAAAACGAGGCUGCGGCCACCGCCAGUGCUGAAUGCGAGGAACCAAGGAAGAAGGCCGGGAAGAUUAGAAAGAAGAAAAAGAAAAAGAAGAAGAAGAAGAAGGAGAAUGUAGUUGCGGUAGUUGAGGAGGACGAGGAGGGGACUGGUGGGAGCUGCAAGAAGAGCGACGGAAGGGGAUGGCGCUGCAAACGGCCGGCUCAACACCCGCAUUCCCUCUGCAGUUACCAUCUCGCGCAGCUCCGAUCAUACAAUGCCAGCAAGGUCGCAGCUGAGGCAAGCAGGGAAGGCCACGCCGGGACUGGGAGAAAGAAGAAGACUGACGUAUCCGAUGCCGCCGCCGCCACCGAUGACUCUGACUUUUACUAUUACUAUUCCGGCUUCAACCCUUGGCGUGGGAAGACUAGAUGCAGCUGCCGAAGUAGCAAUAUCAUCAGUGGCGCUCGUGGUUUUGCUCUCGAUAAAAAUGACCGCAACAGCGAAGAUGGAGAGGAUAACAGGAUUGUGCACGACGUCUCAGCGAUUGCUGGCGAGGAUGAAGAGGAGGACAGCGGCGACGACGUGAACAAUAUUGUAGAAUGCGGAGGCGGUGACGCCGAAGGAGGUAACGCAUCGAGGAACACCAAUAAUCGCGGCAAUUAUAAGAGCUACAGGAAGAGAGGUAGGAAGAGGAUGAAAGCUCGAUCGCUCAAGUCUUUGCUUUGAUCGAUCAUGUUGUGCUGCUCGAUUUUGCAGUCGUUUUGUGUCUUGUAUUCUGCUAAAGUGGACGUGCAAAUAUAGUUGCGUGCGUAAAAAUAUGCUUGCAUGUGUCCGCUUGUUUUGCACAUGUGAUUGAUUAAGCUGUGGCUCGAGUUGGACGAGCAUCAACCAACUCAUGGGCCAGGCCCAGAGAAGGCUGUAAGAUUGAACUAUAUCGGAGCCCAUUUCUCGCUGAAUAUGGUCGCCCAAACCAAAACCUGCUCAUAUAAAUUAUG